AUGCAAUCCCUUCAUCAUGCCCACAUUCGUAGUCCAAAGCGCCUUCCUAUACGACCAGAAGCACUGAACGAGCGGUAUUACCAGUCAGUCAGGAGACUCGUGUUAGGUCCUACCUCAAUUGCCCCUAAAGCCGUGGUCCACAAAUUCAGCUUCCGCUUGAGUCCUAAAGAUCGUGAUCGUUUGACACCUGUCGAAACUGAUCCCGAUGAACUACUACCUAUUCAGAGAGACACCAACGGAACCUUACGCGUCCGGAUCCGCUGCUGCUAUCUGCUCGACCACCAGCAGCACAGUAUCACUGACGGCGACUGGGUCACGAAAGACGUUGUCUGGCCUGAACACAUUUUUCUAGAAGUCAAUCAAUCUGUCUUGACCUUGCGGCGAAAGGCGCACCAUUCCAAAGACUUGCCGGUUGAGGUUCCAGCAAAAGCGCUCUUGGAGGAGAAUCACCUUCAUGUCUGGAUUCCGGAAACUGCUGCUCGCGCCAAGGAGGCACCGAAGAACAGCCACCCAUAUAUCGCGGUAGAGCUCGUUGAGACGCUCAGUCACUCCGCCAUCUUGAGUCUGGUCAAAAUUCAUAGCAUUCAGCAAUCCUCGCAGACUCUGGAAGUCAUCAGGCGACGUUUAGCGAGCACUACAGCCAGUAAUGAUGAUGACAUUGCAAUGGUUAGUCACGAACUGUCCAUUGACUUGGCAGAUCCAUUCACCUCCGGAAUCUUCAAGAUUCCGGUGCGAGGCAGGGAUUGCACACAUCUUGAGUGCUUCGAUCUGGAGACGUGGUUGAAUUCCCGGUUAGGCAAAAAGAAGACCUGCACGUGCGGCAAAGGGAGCUCAUCGUGUCAGAGUUGCCCCAACGAGCCUUCCUUCGUGGACAAAUGGAAGUGCCCGCUGUGCUCGGGUGAUGCUCGGCCAUACAGCUUGCGCAUCGACGAAUGGCUGGCUGGGGUUCGCGACAAACUUGAGGAAGACGGUGCAUUACGCAUCAAGUCCAUCGUUGUGUCAGCAGACGGGACCUGGAAGAUCAAAAAGGCGGUCGAGGCAGAUGAAGGCAGGCGCGACGACGAGACUUCACUGCCUAGAGCAGCGAUGAAAUGUGGUGGUAGUCAGUUUAUCGCGGUGGGAGUGAGGGAGACGUCCAAAAGUGUCAUUGAGCUUGACAGCGACUAA